GCGGGCUAUUAUUCGACGCGAGAUCGGGCAUGCUCCGAACCAGGGUACUGAGGAGUAAGUACGAAGACAUAGAGGAACGAUGUCAGCUCUGCAAGGAUAAAGCACCGGAAAAUAUUAGGCAUGUAAUUCUCGAAUGUGAGGGGUUGGGAACUCGACGAUUGUGCUCGCUCGAAAAUGCACUGGGUUUCACCGCAGACGACGGCGACGAACCGGAAACGGAAGUCAGGGAAACGAAAAGAAGACUAAGAAGUUGGUUUCAAAAGACACGACGAUCUACCGGACAAGAGACUGUGACAACAGAGGCAGACUGAGUGGAAGAAACAGUGUAUUCUUUGUAGUCUUGUGAACUUUUUAUUUCUUACUGCAUGUCCGCUCCGCCGGAGCUGGACCCUCGUUACAAAGAGGCCCGCCAGGGGUGCCAAACCAUCCAUCCAUCCAUCCAUACGCCUAUCUUUCGAAGCAUUUUGUGAAGUUUCAAGAAAAAUGACAAUCGCAAUCGGAUUCGAAGGAAGCGCUAAUAAAUUAGGAGUGGGAAUCGUAAAGGACGGUGAAGUGUUGUCCAAUCCUAGAGUGACUUUUAUCACUCCGCCUGGUGAAGGAUUUCUACCUCGUGACACAGCAAACCAUCACAGAACUCACGUUCUUGAUGUGUUGCAAAAAGCCUUGAAUGAAGCUAAUAUAACGCAUGAAGAUAUUGAUGUUGUUUGCUACACAAAAGGUCCAGGUAUGGGAGCACCACUUGUCGCUGUCGCGGUUGUAGCACGCACAGUGGCCCAACUUUGGAAAAAGCCAAUCAUUGGAGUAAAUCACUGUAUUGGUCACAUCGAGAUGGGACGCCUUGUCACAGGUGCUAAAAAUCCUACAGUUCUUUACGUCAGUGGAGGGAAUACACAGGUGAUCGCCUAUAGCGAGAAGAGGUAUAGGAUAUUUGGAGAAACGAUAGACAUUGCAGUUGGCAACUGUUUGGACAGGUUUGCAAGGGUUUUGAAGCUGUCAAAUGACCCAAGUCCAGGUUACAACAUCGAGCAAAUGGCAAAAAAAGGAAAGAAAUUCAUAUCCCUGCCAUAUGUCGUCAAAGGCAUGGAUGCAUCUUUUUCAGGCCUGCUGUCCUUCAUUGAGGAAAGAGCAGGUGCACUGCUUUCAGAGCACCAGUGCACACCUGAGGACCUUUGUUUUUCAUUACAAGAAACAGUAUUUGCAAUGCUAGUAGAAAUAACAGAAAGAGCCAUGGCACAUACAAAUUCUAGAGAAGUCUUAAUAGUCGGUGGUGUUGGGUGUAACAAAAGGCUUCAAGAAAUGAUGGAAAUCAUGGCAGAAGAACGCAAUGCCAAACUUUUUGCAACAGACGAAAGAUUCUGCAUUGACAAUGGAGCUAUGAUUGCACAUGCUGGAUGGGAAAUGUUCUGUAGCAAUCAGAUAACACCGUUUGAGGAGACAACUUGCACACAAAGGUACAGGACAGAUGAAGUUGAAGUUUCAUGGCGACCUUAAAGGAUACUCAAUUUAUGUACGAAAUUGAAUAAUAUUGAUAUAUAUUUCA